AUGACAAUCCUAUAUCAAGCGAUCUCGACGGCAAUUGUGAGCUACGUUUGCCUGACGUUGGGCAUAAUGUACACAUGGCCAUCCUCCACCCUGCUACUUUUCUCGUCCGAAAACACAACGCUGAACCGGCCCAUGACAGAAACCGAGGUGUCACUCUUCGGUAGCCUUUCCUUUAUUAGCGCUAUGAUCAGCACACCUUGCUCCGGAUACCUUUUGGAUAAGUUGGGCAGAAAAUACAGCUGCAUGUUGUUCUCAUUGCUUCAAGUGCUUUCCUGGGUAAUUGUGACAGUUUGCUACAAAGUGGAGGCAAUCAUCGCAGCAGUCGUCUUGUCGGGACUAACUGGCUGUAUGUUGCUCGUAGUGCCCAUCUAUAUAAGCGAGUUCUGCCAGGAGUCCAUCAGAGGGACGAUGACGUCAGCUGCCAUGGUCUUCUACGGGAUAGGGAUGCUCGUUUCUUACCUCAUGGGCGGAUAUUUAGCUUACGACACGAUGAAUUACUCCUGCUUGUCCAUGACUGUACUUGGGGUGGUGUUACUUAUGCUUAUGAAGGAGUCGCCGAUACAUCUGAUGUCGAAAGGUCUAGAAAAGGAAGCCGCAAGAGUCAUUGCAUACUACAGAGGUGUUAAAAUAACUUCCAAAAUAGUUGAAGAAGAAAUGCAAAUGCUUCGGAGGGCGCUGAAUCCGGAAAUGGACGAUUUAACCCCCGAAGUGGAAAAACUACAGCCCUCACUGGAGAACAAACCCAAGAUGUCUGUGUGGAAGUUCAUUAAAAAAUCUCGAUCAACCCGACAAGCCUUAAUGGUGUCCAUCGUUUUGUACACAUCUGCGGUCUUUCAAGGUCUAAUGGUGGUACAGGUGUACGCAGAGCCUUUGUUCGCGGAAGCGGUUCCUACCAUGUCCCCGGUUAUCUGCAGCGUUGUAUCCGCUGCCGUGACAAUCGUUUCCGGUUUCAUUGCUGCCUUCUUAGUCGAAUGGGCAGGGAGACGGUCGCUGAUGAUCUACGCUUCAAUAGCAUCGGGUGUGUGCUGCCUGAUUCUCGGGACCCAGAUACAUCUGCACUGGGGCCCGCACUGGAUGACAGCGUUGUUCAUCUACUUGUUCGUAAUUACAUACACGUGCGGUGCUGGCACUGUUCCUUACGUGCUGGUCGCUGAGGUGUUCUUGCCUGAGAUAAAGAGCUUGGCUUCUAUGAUAGCUGUGGAGUGGAACUUUAUUUGCAGCUUCGUCGUGCUUUUCAUAUUCAAUCCGUUAGUUACGGCCAUCGGGUUGGGUCCAGUCUUCUAUAUCUUCAUGGUCGCCUGCUUCCUCUCAGCUAUAUUCUGUUUCUUCUUCUUACCGGAAACUAAAGGCCUGACUGUCGACGUCAUUCAGAAUCUCUUUGCAAAGAAACGUACUCAAGAACACUGA